CCUGCACUCUAUCUUCGUCAUUCCUUCUUUCCUACCAGAGCACCAAAUAACAAAACCCUAGCCGCUUCUUCAAUCUCCCCGUCAUUGUGCCCUCCUUCAUCGUGCGCCACUGUCACCGUCUCACUCGUCUGCUCAUCGUUCUUAGUCGUGCUCUGCCGCCGUUCAUCCAUCUCGCAGCUCUUCCUUGUAAGGUUGUGAAAACCCUAGCCUCCAUCGCGCCGCCAUCAAUCUCACCGUCGCCGCUCGUCGCGCUCAAGAUCGCCACUAGGUUCGUCGUUCUCAAGGUCCCUCGAUCCGUCGUCCGCCAAUGUUUGCUUUCCAGUCCUGUUUCGCAGUUCUUCGCCGUCGUCCUUCGUCGUGUUUGUCGCCAGCUCGCCGUCUUCGAAGGUUCAAAUUUAUGAUAGGUUCGGAUAUAUAUCAGGAGACUCUUGCCAAGGCACUUGCAAAGCAUUUUGGUGCAAGGCUACUAAUUGUGGAUUCCCUUUCACUACCUGGUGGAACUCCAUCAAAGGAAGUUGAUUCUGCUAAAGAAAGUUCAAAGCCUGAACGACCAUCUGUGUUGGCCAAGAGAAGUACACAUGCUGCUUCUUUAAAACAUAGUAAACCAGCUUCUAGUGUUGAUGCUGAAAUUGUGGGUGGAUCCACAAUAAGUUCUCAGGCUAUGCUGAAGCAGGAGGUUUCUACUGCUUCAUCAAAAGGCACUACUAUUAAAACAGGUGAUCGAGUAAAAUUUGUUGGUAACUUCCCUUCUGCUGUCUCAUCAAUACAAAAUCAUCCUUCAAGACUUCAAUUGAUGCUGCAAACUAUGACAGGGUAAUGUUACUGGGUGGAAGAGCGCCAGAGUAUCUUGCUCAUGAUCCUCUUGUGGCACUGGUGAUCAAGCUUUUCAGUUCUGGAAAAGCACUUGCUUCCAUUUGCCUCGGACAAUUGAUUCUGGCGGCUGCAGGUGUAGCUAAAGAUCACAAAUUUACCGUUUUUCCUCCUGUUAAACCAGCACCGGUUGCCUCUGGUGCUCAUUGGGUUGAACCAGACACUAGCAACAGUGGUGGAUGGUAAUCUCAUUACUGCCGCCACUUAUGAAGGGCACUCUGAAUUUAUUCAGCACUUUGUAAAGGCACUAGCAGGCAACAUAAGUGGCUCCAACAAAAAAAUCCUCUUUCUUUGUGGGGUAUGUUCAAAUGAUUUUCAGGCACACACAACUUAUAGGAACUUAGUACUCAGGGCACUAAAGUCUUUGUUUAUUCUCUUUUCUUUUAUUUAUUUUAAUUUUAGACUUAAUUUGUAAUCCUCUUUAUAUUCAUUGAUACAUGGAAAUUAGUAGUUUAGACUUUAGACA